GUCUUCCAGACAGUAUCUGUAAUUUAGCAGAACUUAAAUCUCUCAGUCUGGGAUGGUGCGAAAAACUUAGUAAGUUGCCUGAGAACAUUGGGAAUUUAGAAUCUCUGUUGGAACUCAAAGUAAAUUGCAGUGGUUUAGAACAACUACCUGUAUCUAUAAUACGUUUGAAACACGGUCGAUUAUCGUUUUCUAGUUGCGGACAAAUGGCGGCUCCCCUUUCAUCAUGGCCAUCAUCUAUUGAAGAUCGUUGUACUGUUGUGGUACAUCUUGAUUUAAGUAGGUGCAAUCUGAUGGAAUUAUCGGAUGCUAUUGCUCAUUUUUCUUCAUUGAAAGCAUUAACGUUGUCAGGAAAUGACAAUUUGGAGAGCUUACCUGCAAUCAUGAAUGAACUUGCUUCCUUAGAAAAGCUUGAAUUGGACGGUUGCAAGAGACUGAGAUCAAUACCAGAGCUUUCAUCAACAAUAAGUUACAUAAAUGCACAUGAUUGCACAGCUUUGGAAUCUGUUUCGACACCACAGUCUCCCUACGAUAUCGGUCGGUGCUUCAUAUUUUCUAAUUGCAGUCAGCUGGUACAGAAAGAUGUUUUCAGAGAUAUUGUAGAAACUCAUUUGCCUCCUCAGGGUAAUCCUUCCCGACCCUUAUAUGUCUCUUUCCCUGGAAGUGAAAUUCCACAGUGGUUCACCCAUCAGUGUAGGGGGUCUUCUGUAACAGCCAAGCUACCACCAAAUUGGUUUGACAAGAAGUUUUUGGGCUUUACCAUAUGCGCGUUUACUAAUAAGCCCCAGGAGAUCGUUUCGAGUAUCAUUUCAAGUCCAUUUCCUUAUUUUAAACUGACUGCUCGAUGUUUCUGUACCUUCAAAGGAGAUCAUUGCGAGUACCGUUUCAGUUUCUAUUUGUUUGAUAUUCAUUCUGUUGACUUUGGUCGUCCUUGGGUUGAGUCAAAUCAUAGAUGUUGGCUUGAGUCAAAUCACAUGUUAGUGGGAUAUGUGCCAUGGUCUGAAUCUGGCAUGAUUAAGAGAGAGGAAGUCAAUGAACGCCGUUACACAGAGGCCAAAUUUGAGAUACAAUUGCACUAUGAAUCGAGUAAGAGAUCCGACCAAUGCAUCGAAAAGUGCGGAGUUCGAUUCGUUUUUGACGACAAUGAGGAAGAUUCUGGGGAAUCAAUGGUAGAAGUUGAUAAUUCUGAGAGGAGCUUUCAGGGGUGCUCGGCUGAACCCAAUGGUAGUGACAUCACAGGUGACACCUCCGAUGAGGAUGAGCAAUACCUUAAAUUAUUAUCAGAAGUUUUUAAAGGCGCAAACAGACCACCGAGUUACAUCAAAAUUGAGGACAAUGAUUUAUCUGGGAAGAGGAAAACUCUGGAAAGGUGGACGAAAAAAGUCAGAGUUACAUCGGGUCUGAUGCAAGGGAGUGUGGAUGAUGGUUUUAAUUGGUCAUGGAAUAGCAGUGGAAUCGACGGGCAGGCGGGUUAUUGUAGUGAACGUGUACAACCUCGCUGUUGGGCAAAAGCCAUAAAGCCAACUCACGAUGACCCAACAAUCUUUCAAAUGACUUACGUUGGGAGGCACACUUGUUGGAAAUUUCAACCAAUGCUAACACACCAAGUAGGAGUUACACCGGAUAUGAGGAUUGAAGGUCCUUUUGAUGGCUUUACAUGGGGGAAGUAUGACCAAACGGACAUACCAGGAGCUGAAUACCCAAGAGUCUAUUAUUACGUAUGCACUCCUCAAAAUGUCAAAGGCUGCAUGGCCAUAAAGGAAGUGAAACACUCCAGUGAUAAAAAAAUCCUGAAAAUUACUUACAGAGGAAAGCACACAUGUAUAGAAGCCUCCGACAGCAUUGCAGGAUGGUUUGAAAGACUAAACUCCAAGGGCAGUGUUGAAUCAAGUUUUCAUGAACAAGUUCCCCUAUCACCAAGCUCACCAGGAGCCAACUCACAAGAUAUGUCAAAUAGAAAGGAAGUUACUGCAAAGAAAAGCAAAGGUGAAGAAGUGGCUGAGCUUGAAGUUGAGAAGACAGAAAAGAAGAAGAAGAAGAAGAAGAAGAAAAAGGAUAAAGACAAUGGUGUUUUGGAUUGUUCAGAUGGGGAGAAAUCUGUGAAUGUGAAGAAGCACAAAGAUAAAGAAGAGGCUGGUUCACCUCAAACUGAAAAGUCUGAAAAGAAGAAAAACAAAGAGGCUGAGAAUCAUGGCGCUGAAGCUGCCACUGAUAAUGGCAAGGGUGAUGGUGAGGCUGAUAAGAGUGAGAAAAAGAAGGAGAAGAAGAAGCGCAAACAAGAGGAAAUAACUGACAGUCCUGUUACAGUUCCUGCAAAGAAAAGCAAAGGUGAAGAAUUGGCUGAGCUUGAAGUUGAGAAGACAGAAAAGAAGAAGAAGAAGAAGAAGAAAAAGGAUAAAGACAAUGGUGUUUUGGAUUCUUUAGAUGGGGAGAAAUCUGUGAAGGUGAAGAAGCACAAAGAUAAAGAAGAAGCUGGUUCACCUCAAACUGAGAAGUCUGAAAAGAAGAAGAAGAAAAACAAAAAGGCUGAGGAUCAUGGUGUUGAUGCUGCCACUGAUAAUGGCAAGGGUGAUGGUGAGGCUGAUAAGAGUGAGAAAAAGAAGAAGAAGAAGAAGAAGAAGAAGGACAAAUCGGAUGCUGACGAAGAAUAGAUGAAAGGUUAUUGG